ACAGUAGGCAUAAACCCUAGCGAUAUAUAAAACCCUAGCCUUUCUCUGACGCUCCUUCCCUCGCAUUUUCGUUGGCCGAAACCCUCACCUUAGCACGGAGGAGCCGCGAUGCCGCCCAAGUUUGAUCCCUCCCAGGUCGUCGACGUUUACGUCCGCGUGACCGGCGGCGAGGUAGGGGCGGCGAGCUCCCUGGCCCCGAAGAUCGGUCCCCUGGGUCUCUCCCCCAAGAAGGUCGGAGAGGAUAUCGCCAAGGAGACGGCAAAGGAGUGGAAGGGCCUCCGCGUCACCGUCAAGCUCACCGUCCAGAACCGCCAGGCCAAGGUGUCGGUGGUGCCCUCCGCCGCCGCCCUGGUGAUCAAGGCUCUCAAGGAGCCGGAGCGCGACCGCAAGAAAACCAAGAACAUCAAGCACAACGGCAGCAUCUCCGUCGAUGACGUCAUCGAGAUCGCCCGCGUGAUGCGCCCGAGAUCCAUGGCGAAGGAUCUCGCCGGCACCGUCAAGGAGAUCCUCGGCACCUGCGUCUCCGUCGGCUGUACCGUCGACGGCAAGGACCCCAAGGACAUCCAGCAGGAGAUCACCGACGGCGACGUCGAGAUCCCCUCCGACUGAUCAUCAUCAGAGUUUUGUCUCUUUCUCUCUCUCGCGCUAUGCUUUGAGUGUCGGAUCUUUUGAAGGGGUGUUGGUAUCUGUUUCAGGCAUUCUGAAGAAGACGCUAACAAUAUAGUCGUUUGAAUUAUUGAUUGAUAUAGUCGUUUGAAUUAUUGAUUGAAAAAAUUCUGGAUUCUUGUUUUAAAUUUCGCUGCAUUUUUUAUUUGGAUCAGUGGUUUGGAUGCUAGAAUUUGUUCGGCGCCCUUUUUGAUCUGGUUACAGCUGGCGCUGUAUUCUCUAAUAUUUGUGUGUCUCAAAUGUAAUCUUCCUGCAACUAUGAUUGGUGGUUAAGCCUCUGUUUUUUU